AUGAGUAUCGGCAUCCCCAUCAAAGUUUUCCAUGAGGCGAAGGGCCACACGGUGACGAUCGAGCUGAAGACGGGAGAGGUCUAUCGGGGCCAAUUGGGCGACACUGAGGACAACAUGAACUGCCAGAUGGCCAACAUCCAGUACACGGCGAGAGAUGGCCGCGUGACGAAUCUCGAGCAGGUCUACAUCAGAGGCAGCAAGAUCCGCUUCAUGAUCCUUCCGGACAUGCUCAAGAACGCCCCCAUGUUCCGAAACGUCGAUCCGAAGAAGGCGCAGGGAAGGGGAAAGGGUGCCGGCGUGCAGAAGGCCAUCGGCAGAGGAUUUGGACGAGGCGGGCGAGGCGGCUCCAGGGGCGGCGAUAGAGGAGGCAGGGGCGGCGACAGAGGAGGAAGGGGCGGCCCCAGGCAGUAA